UGGAAAUAAUCAGAUUAAGGCCAAUUAUGCGUGAGAUUAUAAAGGCGAGUGCUGAGCGGCGGCGCGCGCUGUAGACAGACAGCAAGACAUCUGGCCACUUCCCGAGUCACUUUCUGGUCCUGCGGGCGCCAGCCACGCCGAGCCCCGCCCGCUUCCAGCCGAUCCCGGCGUGACCGGAGGCGGUCACGCUCCGGCCUUCCUCGUCCGCAGCCCGCCGAGCCAGGCCGGAGCUACGCGCACCUUGUCGGUCUAGCGGGCACCCUCCCCAGGCCCCGCCGUCCAGCUGACCCGGCCGUCGGCGAUGUUUUAUUUCCACUGUCCGCCGCAGCUAGAGGUAGGCACUGCACCCUUUGGCAACCACUCUCCAGGAGAUUUCGAUGAUGGGUUUCUGCGCAGAAAACAGCGCCGGAACCGGACGACGUUUACUCUUCAGCAGCUGGAAGCUCUUGAGGCAGUCUUUGCCCAAACACACUAUCCCGAUGUCUUCACCAGAGAAGAGCUAGCCAUGAAAAUAAACCUCACAGAAGCCAGAGUGCAGGUUUGGUUCCAGAACCGAAGGGCCAAAUGGAGGAAAACGGAGAGAGGGGCUUCCGACCAAGAGCCAGGAGCCAAGGAGCCCAUGGCAGAGGUGACGCCACCGCCCGUGAGAAACAUCAACUCCCCACCCCCGGGGGACCAGGCCCGGAACAAGAAGGAGGCCCUGGAAGCCCAGCAGAGCAGCCUGGGGAGAACUGUGGGUCCCACCGGACCUUUCUUCCCCUCUUGCUUGCCGGGGACCCUCCUGAACACGGCCACCUAUGCCCAGGCUCUGUCCCACGUUGCCUCCCUGAAAGGGGGCCCACUGUGCUCUUGCUGUGUCCCAGACCCUAUGGGGCUGUCUUUCCUUCCCACCUAUGGCUGCCAGAGCAACCGCACGGCCAGCGUGGCCGCCUUGCGCAUGAAGGCCCGCGAGCACUCCGAGGCCGUCCUGCAGUCGGCCAAUCUCCUGCCCUCUGCCAGCAGCAGCCCCAGCCCCGUGGCCAAGCCGGCGCCCCCGGAUGGCAGCCAGGACAAGAACCCUCCCUCCAAGGAACACAGUGAGGGGGACAAGAGUGUAUGAGGGUCCCGAGUGUCCAGGCCCGAGGCGCCCUCCCCCCACCCCCUGCUUCUUCCAGCCUCAGCCCCUGUGGAAAACUCUCCAAAAAGCAAAGGAAGUUGCGGCCCAGGGCCUCCUCAUGGACUCAGGAAGGGACGUGAGACCCGCAGCUCCCUUGGCAUCUGGAGAGUGCCUCUGGAGUCCUACCGGCGGGGCUGUGUUGUCCUGGCUUCCGGUGACAAGUCCCGAUGGAACUCGUGGGCACCGGAGACCACUCUGUGGUGAGACCCCUGGGGUUUCCAUCUGGGCCCAGAAGUGUUGGAAGGAAGUAGAGCUGCUCACCCCCUCACUUUCCUGUCCCUUUCCUGGGCCGCCUUUGAAGGUCUUAACCAACCCAAAGAACUGUGGCGUGGGUCAUCCUUGAGAGACGCCCCAGGCUGAGUCUUGUGCUCUAAAGUGGGACUGUGCCCCUUCCAUGAAGAACCAGGAGAUUGGUGUAAUCCCAAUGAACUCUUAUGGCCCUCCACCGAGAUUAGCAGCAAUGCCCGCCCCCUUUCUCUUGUUGAAGGAUAUUAGUGGUAGGCUGAGUUAGUUUAUAGAGGGUGAGAAGACAUAGGGUGCAGAGGGGUAGGCACAGCCUGUCCUGGGGGGCGCCCGACUGGGCACUUCCAGCCAGGGAGACUGGGCCAAUCAGACAGGCCACGAGCUCUGUGAACUGGGGCCACCAUCGUGACGAGCAGGCACCGAGCCAGUGUGGGCUCCCACAACGAAGUCCCCCUGCUGGCCCCACCUCUCUGGACCAGACCUCUAGGUUGGUGGACAGUUAACCAGUGGAAAGCAGUCCUCUGAUCUAGAGAACGCCAAGGGUCCUUGGAGCAGGAGAAAGCUCCCACGAACAUCUCCGACAUCUGUACACAUCUGGAUGAACGACCUUUCCUCAGGUCCCUGGCACAUGGAGGGGCUUCCCCAGUGGUGUUAUUUAUUGAUUUAUUUGUUUUACAGAAGGAAAAAAAAAAAGGUAGGAAACAAGAGGAGAAUGGGGUAUGCGGAGAAAUGGAGCACGCGGAACAGGACUUCCUUGUGGUGUGAAGAGAAUUCAUUCCAAAGGGCCACAUUUCGUAGAGAUUUCAGUUUCGACCUCCUGGGUGUGUUUUCUCUCAUGUGGAUAGUAAACUCGAAGAGAUCCAAGGGAAAAUGUGCAAUAGCGUGAGCUCUGUCACUCCCUGUCAGGGGGUUUGGUACCUGAAAGGUUGCGGUCUUGAACGGCUUACUGAUGGCGUUUCCAUGCAAACUGUUACUGCUUUUAUGACAAUUAUUUUCCUCUCAGUUAUUAUAAUCAACAUGUUCCACCUUCGGAUCGCCCUGCUCCCCUUGUCACCCCCCCCCCCCCCCACCUAGAAGCCCCCUCACUGGUACUCCCUGAGU